UUUGUUUUGGAGGCAUUUUCUCAGAAUGGUUGAUGGGAAUGGUCCUUAAGUGCUGCAUGUUCGAAGCAGUAGGUUCUUGGCUUCUGGGCCAGUUUGAAUGUUGGCAGAACGUUUGGUCCAGACUGUCAUCCUUUGCCUUGUGGAUGUCACUGCACUGUCUUCUGACUUUGAAUGUUGCUUUGGAGAAAUCUGAGGCCUGUUUUUUUUUUCCCUUUCUCAGCAAGGAGGCUGCCGGCCCUGCCCUCUGUAAGAAGAUGUCUUAUGGAUCCAUCACUGGCGGAGGUGGCCUGGGGAGCCGCGGCCCUUUCGGGGCACCCUCAAGACAAGGCUAUCAGCCCCUAGAGUGCGCUAGAUGUUGGACCGAGUAUGGAAUCCGCCAUUUCCCCUGCCCAUCGCCAGAGAGCAACUCACAGGACCCCUGUGUGGGGAAGGACGGAGAAGGCGAUCUGGGGCCGGCGGGUGCACCCAGAGUCCCGAGGGCCAGGAAGCGAGGGCCAGGGGUUGCCCCUGAAGGCAGCCGGACACCAGAGCCCACCUCACCACCCACCACUGGCCCGAGAAGGGACUUGGCUGCUGGGCCCCAUGGCCGCGUGACGGGACCCAGUGGCAGCCGGGCCAAGAAGAGGAAGCCCAACUUCUGCCCACAGGAGACUGAGGUGCUGGUGUCCAAGGUGAGCAAGCACCACCAGCUGCUGUUUGGCACGGGGCUGCUGAAGGCCGAGCCCACCCGCAGGUACCGCGUGUGGAGCCGCAUUCUGCAGGCCGUGAAUGCACUGGGCUACUGUCGCCGUGAUGUUGUGGACCUGAAGCACAAGUGGCGGGACCUGAGAGCGGUUGUGCGGCGCAAGCUGAGUGACCUCCGGAAGGCAGCGCACGGCCCUGACCUGGGCCCUGGCCAGCCACAGCCCCUGGCGCUCACGCCCGUAGAGCAGGUGGUGGCCAAGACCUUCUCCUGCCAGGCCUUGCCCUCCGAGGGCUUCGGCCUGGAGCCACUCAGAGCCACCCAGGUCGAUCCUCAGGACCUCCAGCAGCUAUUCCAGGAGACAUCGGCCAACGUCUUCCGAAUUAACUCCAGCGUGACCUCCUUGGAGCGGAGCCUCCGGUCCCUGGGAACACCAAGUGACACACAGGAGCUUCGGGACAGCUUGCACACGAUGCAGCAGGAGACCAACAGAACCAUUGCAGCCAGCGCCGGCACCGUGAAGCAGAUGUCCGAGCUCCUGCAUGGCUCCUGCCCGGAGCGCCUUCAGCUGGACCGGCUGAAAACGCAGCUAGCAGACGCCCUGCAGCGCUACGGAGUGGUGCAGAAGAAAAUUGCAGAGAAGUCCAGAGCACUGCUUCCCACGGCACAGAGGGGCGGCAAACAGAGUCCCCAGGUCCCUUUUGCGGAGCUGGCCAAUGAUGAGAAGAUCUUUAAUGGAGGCGAUGGCGUUUGGCAGAGCCAGGAGCAGGCACUGCUUCCAGAUAUCACGGAGGAGGACCUGGAGGCCAUCCGGCUGCGUGAGGAGGCCGUCCUGCAGACGGAGAGUAACUUGCUGGACGUGAAUCAGAUCGUCAAGGACUUGGCCUCCAUGGUGUCGGAGCAAGGAGAUGCCAUCGGGUCCGGCAGCAGCAAGGCCGCAUGCCGGCGGAGCUCCAGCCCCGAGCCAGCCGUGGCGGCCCUGCUGCCGUGUGCUGGGCCCGGCUCCACACCCCUGCGGCCAGGCCCCCACUCCCGCACCAAGACACGCAAGCCCAACUUCAGCCCCCAGGAGACGGAGGUGCUGGUGCAGAGGGUGACACGCCACUACCCGCUGCUGUUCGGGGCGCUGCGGGGCACGCCCGCCCGGAAGCACCGCGUGUGGAGCAGGAUCCUGCAGGCCGUGAACACGCUGGGCUACUGCCGCCGAGACCUGGGUGACCUCAAGCAUAAGUGGCGAGACCUUCGUGGCGCUGUGCGAAAGAAGCUGGCUGAGGGCGGCCCAGCCCCCAGCCUCACGCUCACGCCCGUGGAGCGCAUGGUGGCAGAGACCUUCUCCGCCCAGCCUCCCCAGGGCGAGGCUCAGGUCAUGGAGCCCUUGCCAACCGACGAGGAGGAUGAGGCCCCCAGUUGCCUGUGGCUGCCCCUGCGGACCGUGGAUGGGCCCAGCCCACCUGAAGCCGACCCACUGGACUUCCGAGGAGUCUUCCACGCGCCCACCUCCUCACCCUCCCCACCGGCUUCUCCAGCCACGGCCCCACCCGCAGCUGCAUUCAUGGGGGCCUUCCGGCCCUCCCCGCCCUCCUCGGUGCCAGUGUCUGCACCUCCCCUGCCAUCUGGGAAGACCCCGGCAGUGGCCUCUGAAGCGUCUGCAUUCGAGCAGCGGCUGCUGGACUCCCACCGGCGGCAGGGUGCCCUGCUCUCCUCCUGGGCCCAGCAGCAGAGCACACUGAUGGCCCAGCAGAACCUGCUGCUGCAGCGGCUGGCAGAGCAGAGCCAGCGGCUGGCUGAUGGCGUCGAGGCCCUCAACCGGACCCUUGAGAGGCUGGUGGAGACACACCUCACCCAGGGAGCCUCGCCCUCCAUCCCAGACGGUGGCCCUCCUGGCGGAGUGGCCCAUGGGCCCACCGGAGGCUCUCAGGACAGCCCACAGGGCGCCCACCCAGGGCUCGAGGUCUUCUCAGGGCUGAUCCUGAAGGUGGAGGAGGAGAUGUAAGGCUG